AAAUCAGGCAUGGUAAGAGCGUUGUCGUGAAAACGUGAUACAUUUUACAAGAAUUGAUUUCGGGACAUGCAUAUCGAAUGUACGAAAAAGCAAAUCGGUGAUUAUUGAGGUGUAAAGAUUCGCAGUCGCGGCUCGAAUAUAUAGACGGCGGAAGUGAUACAGCGCAUGCAAACAAUAUACUAUCGACUAGUUAUUCGAUCGUACAAAGAGACGCCAUUCAUUUUGGCGGGCACGUGUGUAGUGUUUCUCGUUUGCCGGCAUACGUGUGGACUCGUCAGACUAAGACCGUUUUCUAUUGGCACUCAUGAAUACCAUUGCAUCAAAAAUGGAAUCCAUGGAUAUAGCGACAGAACCUACUACUGUCAACAGAGAUGUCAGCACAUCAUCCUGCAGGGAGUCUGUGUCUGUUGAUGAUAUGACUUCAAGAGAUUACUAUUUUGAUUCCUAUGCCCACUAUGGAAUACAUGAAGAGAUGCUGAAGGACGAAGUACGCACUGUGACGUAUCGUAACUCAAUGUAUCAUAACAAGCAUCUUUUCAAAGGCAAGAUAGUCCUUGAUAUUGGCUGCGGUACUGGUAUUCUCUCGAUGUUUGCAGCUAAAGCUGGUGCAGCAAAAGUCAUUGGUAUCGAGUGCUCGAAUAUUGUUGAAUAUGCGGAAAAAAUAGUAGAGGCAAACAAUCUGUCCAAUAUUAUAACAAUACUUAAAGGAAAAGUCGAAGAGGUUUCAUUGCCCGAUGGAAUCGAAAAAGUCGAUAUAAUAAUAUCAGAGUGGAUGGGUUACUGUUUGUUUUACGAAUCAAUGUUAGACACAGUACUGUUUGCAAGAGACAAGUGGCUUCGUGAGGAUGGUAUGCUCUUCCCUGAUAAAGCAACUCUAUUUAUUUGCGGAAUCGAAGAUAGACAAUACAAAGAUGAGAAAAUCAAUUGGUGGGACGAUGUCUAUGGAUUUGACAUGAGUAGCAUAAGGAAAGUGGCGAUUAGCGAGCCACUAGUGGAUGUCGUAGAUCCAAAGCAAGUUGUCACAAAUGCAUGCCUAAUCAAGGAGGUUGAUCUUUAUACAGUGACGAAAGCCGAACUCGAGUUCUCAUCACCGUUUACUCUGCAAGUUCGUAGAAACGACUAUGUUCAAGCGCUAGUUACAUUCUUCAACAUCGAAUUCACCAAGUGCCACAAGCGUAUUGGCUUCAGUACUGCACCGGAAGUGCCAUACACGCAUUGGAAGCAAACUGUCUUUUAUUUCGAUGAAUACAUGACGGUGAAGAAGGGAGAAGAAAUAUAUGGUGUAUUCUCGAUGAGGCCGAAUGCUAGGAAUUACAGAGAUCUGGAUUUCAGUAUCGAGUUGGACUUUAAAGGAGAGUUGUGCCAAGUACACGAAACUAAUAACUACCGUAUGCGCUGAUAUUCGGUGGAUUGUGUACCCUCUCUCCCCCCUUUUUCAUAGCUCAUGAAGAACCAUUUAAUCAAACCAGGAGUCGACUCCUUACUUAUUAUGGAAUCGCGUUUAAAUGGCACGAUACAUAUAUUGAUAAUGGUAUGUGAGCUUUGUUUAACAACAUUGCAGAUCUUUGAUUUUAGAAAGUAUGAGAUAAUGCUUCCUGAUUAGACAUUUAAUGUAACUUUUAUAGAUAUUAUCUUCUAUGAACGUGCAAAUCUGGAUAAUCAGUCAUAUUUAUAACACUAAAUUCGAACAAAUGACGAGAUAACGUAAUAAAUAACAAAAACGAGCAAAUGAAUUUUUGCGCACAAUUUUUGGAGCAAUUAGUUAAAAAAAAA